UCACUAAGUAGGGUGGACACCGUCGAGCCCAGCUCCCCGCCGAACUGAAACCCGACUUCUUGCCAACUUAUCAAUGGCAGGACACCAGUGACUGUACAGUAGUCGCCGGUCGCCGAUACUGAAAUUCACAAUCAAGGUAUUUAAGCUAGUCACGAAACCAUUUCUAAACCAUUAACAGUGCUUAUUUGGGCCAAAAAUAUAUGUAUGAGCGUAGUCACAGAUUGCAUACAAUGAUUGUCUAACAGUCUGGGCUGAGUUGCUCAGCUUAUGCCCUGACCCCAGUAUUUAAUUAACUUUGAAAUGCUUAUAAACGUACUUAGACUUAGAGCUCAUUUGUCUCAUUAAAUACAUUGAGUAAAUCUCUCUAUACAUAUAGUUUUUGAACCUUUAUCGAUUGAAGGCACCACAGAUCCAUACAAAUGAAGUUACAUAACAGCUGAUAAUAGACUAAUAAUAUUGAGUCAAGCUCUACUUGACGUAAGCUCGUUCUGUUAUAAUAAAAUUCUUCAACGGCGAAAAUAAAAGCUUAAGGAUGCAAUUCACGCAAACUAUCUGCUACGAAAUUUCCAGUCCAGAAAGGAAUUUUAGGACAUUUCAAUAACAAAGAAUUUGCAUGCGGACUGGAGCUCCUAUUGCAUGGGGGCAUUCCAAAAUUUCCAUAACCCCCAACCCCAGACUUUUGUUUCCCACUUCCAUGUUAGAAUGCUUUUUACAGCAAAGGGAAAACCACCCACUAUCUUAUUUUCAUACAAAACAAAGAGAGAAUUUAGGUUAGGUAGCACUUUCUUCUCAGUUAUUUAAAGACCCUGAGUGUUGGUCCAACCGGGGUUCAAACCCACAACCUCCCACUCAGCAGACUGGCGCUCUCCCAACUGAGCUGACCAGGCUACACAACUUUGGCCUAACAUAGAGUACAAUGAAUUAACUAACAAAUAAGUAAAUGUAAAAGACAAGAAACUAACAUCAUUGGAUCUAACAAAUUAUGAAGGUACAUAAGAAGACAUUGACUAAGAUCAGAUGAGCUGAUGUAGGAGGAAUGUUAAAAGACAAGACUAAUAUCUUAACGGUGGCACUAGCCAGCUACGGAGAUAUGUAAGAAGGACAUAAGAAGACGUUUUAAAGUCUAACAUCUUAAAAGGAGCAAACUGACAUGCAACAAAACUUGUAUGUUGUAAGUCUUCCCUUUUCUACGCUCCCCUCUAACAAAAUGUAAUUUGUUCGUUCUGGGUUUGAGUUGCUGGACAAUGCAGAGCACUAGUUCGUUUUACCUCUGGGAGAUGCAUUACUGUAUUAAUAUCCCGGACAAGGGGUUUCUUCUUGAAACAGAUGACUCACCAACUGAUGACCAGCUCUUAAAAUGUAGUCACCAGCAGCCAAAUUUUAGUCACAUUGGCGACUAUUAAGUCACAAUUUUGAACCCUGAAUAUCUUAUGAACUCUGUAAAGAUCAGCACUUGUGUGUAUUAUCUUCCAAGAAUAAGAAUUAACCCAGGGCUGGUUAUGGCUGUGUACUUUUGAGGUGCUUGACUGUGCUCACUUUCUAAGCAUAUUCAUUUGACUAAUCCUAAAACCUGUAUUACUUUUGACAGAAAGUUUGAUGUCCUUAGUGUUAGAGUGGAAAACAUAAGUGCUUCAUUAUAUCCUGGAUGAACUUCAGAAUUGUUGUAAGGUGUCUGGAAAAGGCAACCACCAUGUUGAGACAUCAAAACCCAAGUGGAAUUUCAUACUCCGUCAGAAGGACAAUUAAAACUGGAACAAAGAACCAGCCUACUCUUAUGCCAGUUCAUGGAUUUGUCUUUGAUUUGGACGGUACACUUACUCUUCCAGUCUUGGAUUUUACGUUGCUUCGAAGUAACCUUCAGUGUCCUAAAGGAACAGACAUUUUGGAAUUCUGCAAUUCAAAAUCUGGGAUGGAUAAAGAAAUAGCCUUCAAGUUGGUUGAGAAGUUUGAAGAAGAAGGGCGACAAAACACAAAACUUCAACCUGGUGUCUUUGAACUUCUCAAAUUUUUGUCACACCAUGGAUUGAAGAGAGCUCUUAUCACAAGAAAUCUGCAGCCCUCUGUAGAUCAGUUCCUGGACUUGUUGGGUGAUCCAGCUAAUUAUGGUGGACCAUUUACUCAUGUAAGCAGCAUUCUUAGCCUGCAAAACCAGCCGUCUCUCCUUGCUCCUUGCUGCUUGGGUUUUUUUGCGGGAAAGAGAGAUUUUACAUCAUCACUAUUUAAUUUCUGUUGCUAAGUUGCAGACCUCUCCUGCGAAACGUCCUUAGUGGCGAACAGCAAGGAGAGAUGGCUGUUUUUGCAGGCUACACCAUUUUACCAAAUACAUAAUGCUCCAACAUGUGAGCAGAGCCUUUUUUAUCUCUUACAGUUCUUGAGUAAGGAAGAAUCUUUUUCAUAAAGUAUCAGUGAGGCUCUGCUCAUACAGUGGUAAACUUACUAGCUAAUCUCUCUCACAAGUGGACAUGACCUCUUUGUUUAGAACACAACAGUAUAAACUUUAUAUAAGUAAGUUAUGAACUGAAGCUGGUAAAGUACAGUGAGUAUGUCAGUUUGUUUAUUGUUCACCUCUGAAUGACCAUUUUGGAGAGGUUAUUUUGGCAGUUGUGAUGUAAAUUGGUGGCCAUUGCACUUAUGGGGAGGUGAGCACUGUACAGAGGUUAAGACAAAAGUGAAUUUUUUGUGUGCCUCACUGGGAUGUUGUGGAGGUUUAGCACGAGCAAAAACACAGGAAAAAAUAACGGAUUCCCAUUUUUGGAUAUUUUAGGGUAUUUAAAUAAUACCCAUAAAAAUCCCAAAUUUGGCAAAGUGAGACAAGUCCCAACCGGGGAAUUCCCAACCAAGUUCCCUGAUUGGGACUUGUCUCACUCUUCCAAAUUUGGGAUUUUUGUGGGUAUUCUUUAAAUACCCUAAAAUAUCCAAAAAUGGGAAUCGGUUAUUUUUUCCUGUAAAAGUGAGGGAUUGAAAUUGUGUUAUCAAAGAAAUCAGAAGAUAAAAGGUGUCAUUAUUAUCUCCUACAAUUGUAGCCUAAUGUCAUCUUUAUGAGUUGUUAACUGCCCCUAGACCAAAGCAUUUGCCUUAGUCAGUGCAGUCAAUACAGGGACAGUCCCAGUCUGUAUUACUCCAGAAGAUGACCAGCCUCCCAACUUGACAGAUGAACAGCACUGGCCAUUCUUGUUAAACUACUGCAACCUGAAGUUGUGGACUUCAUGGCAGCACUUUUUAAUUUCUGUUUGUAUUUAAGUCUAUUCAAUAUAGUUUAUUCGAGUGACCUGUUUGGAAAAUAACAUAGAAUGACCGGAGUGUACUGGUUCAAUAUUACAGACUGUAAUAAUUUCUGUGCUGUUCUGUAGCUGUAAUUUUUUUAAUCAACUCUGCCAUCGGUUUUAAAGGUUUGGCACUAUAGUUCAGCGAAAUAUGCAAACCCCACAUUAGCAUCUUACAAAUCUUUUUAAAAUUUGUUUUCUUUUUCUUAUUUAGUCUCUUACGCGAGAUUUUACUCCACCCAAACCUGACCCCGCCCCUCUUUUGCACAUUUGUGAGCAGUGGGGAGUGCACCCAAGAAAUGUAGUGAUGGUUGGUGAUCAUCUUCAUGAUAUACAAUGUGGAAAGGAUGCAGGUUCAGGUAAACAUUCUUACAGUAAUACAGUGGAACAUUGUUAUACAGACACCAAGGGGCAUGCCAUUGUGUCUGUAUUAAGCGGGCUGUCAGAAAAAAACGUCCUGGCACAGACACAUUUUUAUUGAUAUUGAGAUACAACGGAGCUGUGAUCGAAGCAGAAAGCCAAGGAAGUGAAGCUUGUGUACUUAAAUAGGAGGCAGAAAACUGAAAUAAAGGACCACAUUACAAUGGUCAAACACCUGAGGAAAGACAGAGUAAACAAAAUGAAACAUGUUACCCUAUCUCAGCACUAUAUUUUUGGCAAUGAAAUUGUAUCAGUCUGUAGAAAUCUUUCAUUAUUUGAGUAGGGUAUAAUGUUCACAAUUGGCACACAUUAAAAAUAGACAGUGCAGAGAUGCUCAUACAGAAAAGUAUCUAUUGUCUGUAUUAGAAGGGUUUCUGCAUAUUAGGCAGGAUGCUAAUUUCGGGGGAAAGAUUUUUUCAGGAAAAACUGUCCAUUAUAUACAAGUGUCUGUAGAGCGUGGUUCCACUGCAAUAAUUUUAUUAGAGUCUGAGAAAACUCUUAGCUUGGCACAAGAGCUUCAGGAAGACUGGAAAGUCAAGAUUCUAAAUCUUUAUCAAAAGUUUAGUGAAAAGAAUGUUUAAGAGAAGCUCCAAUCCCCUCAAAACCAGACUCAACAAUGUCUUGGGGUCUCAUGUCUUGGAGCAGACUGGUAAAAGAUACCCUAGUAUCAAUGUUUCCCAAGACCCACUUGGUUAUUGCAAAAUACAGUGAUUUGUCACUGGCUCACAGAUCCAUUAUUUGCCUCAGCCUUUGGCUUCGGUAGCAGAUUAAGACAGUGAUGUUCUCCCCACUGGCAAAUCACAAUAUGUUGCUCAACCUCAUUCAAUAAUUAUUAUUAAUUGGUUAUUUAUUUUUAAAGGCAAAUCAUCUGAACAGUGAUUUGUCAGUGUCUCACAGAUCCAUUAUUUGCCUCAGCCUUUGGCUUCGGCGGCAGAUUAAGUGAUCUUCUCCCCACUGGCAAAUCACAAUAUUUUGCUCAACCUCAUUCAAUAAUUAUUAUUAAUUGGUUCAGAUGAUUUGCCUUUAAAAUAACCAUUCAUUUGAUAAUGCUUCUUAUUUUUAGUAACAGUGCUGCUAAAUGAUUCUAAGAAUGCUGAUUUCAAGAAAUAUGCAGACUUCAAUGUCGACUCAUUGCAGGGGAUUAUCACAUUAAUUACCUCACAAGAGAUGUUUACCGUGGACAGGGAAGAUUCUAGUUUUCAGACAUGACGAAGUCUCAUGUUUAGAGACCGAAAACCAUUCCAUUUUACACUGUAUUAUUGUAAGACCAUAGUUUAAAUAUAUGAGAGGUUGACAACGUUAAUAAAAAGUUCAUUAACUGAAGGGAAGAGGAAAUUUGAUUUUGUACGUAAUAAAGGAAUCCCACCACCCAUCUCUCGCUUUUUUUUUUCUGUGAGCCAAUUUUGAUUCAUUUCCAUCCUCUUUGACAAUUAGGAAAUAACAAACAAAGCAUUUUUAUUGGGUAAAGUCUUAAACUGCUUGAGGAAAAAAAAGAGAGUUUUAUCUCAGCAGGGGAAAGGGCACUCUCAUGGCAGAUUCAUGGUUGUGCUUCUACCUAGGUAUGGUUUUCAUUCUAUGCCAGUCCUGAAAAGGCAGGGGAUCGGGUAGUUGGGAUAGAUCGAGAGAGGGGCGGAAAUCGAGCCUAAAGACGAGGAGGAGUGAAGACCUUGAGCUAGUGAUGUGACUUUGUGCAUUCAAUAUUCAUACCGUAUUUAUUGAUUAACCACCCUGGGCGCUUAUUACAUUUUUGGACCUUGAGAGUGGGUGCUUAUUCGAGGCUGGGUGCUUAUUAAAUUUUCACCAUUUUCAGAAAGUGAAGGAUGUUUAUUUGCAACAAAACAAUAAAUGCUAAUAACAAAACACGAAGAAGUAACAAAGCAAGGUUUCUGUAAAAUACUCUGAAGACAACUCCGUCCUCGGGGAAGUCUCCUAUUAGAGUUUAUUCACUCAAGUGGGUGGGGUUGGGGUGAGUGCUUAUUUGAGUUUGAUUGGGAGGAGGUGGGGGUGGGCGCUUAUUCGAGGCUGAGCACUUAUUAACUUUUUCUGCCUUUAGAACGGGCGCUUAUUCGAAUAAAUACGGUAAGCAUUACUUUGUCUGUUUUCUUCUUCUUCGUCUUUCUUCUUCUCCUUCUUUGGAUUGAGAGGGAGGGAGUAAGCCCUUCAAGCCUUUGAUACUAAUUAGUUGAUGCGUUAAUGGCCGAAAAAUUGUACGUGUUAGGUACGAUUCUAGCAGUUCCAGUAGCCCCAUCCAGACCCUCAUCUCGGAAUCUACUCAUGUGCGCGACUCGCGCAUCCCCGCCCCCUCCCUCCCCCGACUCCCCGCCGCGCGUGGUAACGGCAGAGCGGUGACGAAAUCAAAACAUUAGAGUGAAUCAGGAAAAAAAUUAUGAAUAUCUUCAAGACAGUAGCAAGUGCCGGUACUUAAUGAUUGCACAUCACGACAAUAUGAACUCUUCGCAUUAAAAUUUUGAGCGAGUCGUGUGUACAACAGAAACCUGUCUAAGGGUGGCAAUCGGACAGCAGAACGGUAAGUUUUCAAAUGCUCUUAUGUUGGAAAGCAUCUUUUCAACAUGAAUUUGGUACCCUUGCGUAACAUGAAUUUUGUAUCUGGUGGAGUAUACAGGAUUUGCAAUUAUCAACGAAACUGGGGCUGGCAGUACCGGCGGAACCCUUCCACAGGGGCCUUUUCAGUGACAAAUAUUUACAUCGUAAUUUGGAAAGGAAAGCGGCUUUCGUCGAACGUACACCUGUCACAGGUGCGUGAGUUCGGAUUGACCACAGUCACCUUGCUGAUUUGGUUUCUCUAAGAAAAUAUGCGCUUACUCCAUCUCGGGUUAGCCGAUCCGUAAAAUUCUAACGAAAUACCAUUAAAAAAUAUCGGAUCUAUAUUUCCUUGUCUUAACACUUUGAGGCAGUUGAACCGUUCAUCCUACACAAUGCUUCAAAAGACGAGAAAGCCGGGCUGAGACAAAUUUCACGCACUUUUUACGUGAGACAACAAAUCAGUAUAAAAUAUAUUGCACGUCUUCAUUUUCUUUGAAAUCAACCCUUACAGAAGAAGUAAUUAUUUCUUAUUUGCGUUACAGUGAGGUGCUACUUGUUCAUAGGCCGGGGGUCUAUCAAUGGACGAAGAUUUCCUUUAUUUGGACGAAGACGGCUUAUGUUCAAUCGGAAGUCGAGGAGCCCUGCACACAGCUGACUCGCAUUCUCAUGUGCACGAUCAGCGUAAGGUAAAUAAAACGAGAUGUGGUCUACGGACAGUCAGUGAGUUCUAGCAUCGUAUAAGAAAGGCGGGGAGAAAAGUUAGGGAAAAAUCUUUACGAAAUGAUAGAAAAACUGGGUUUUUAUGGGUUUUUAAUAUGCAAAUUAGAAUUCACGUGCGUCUCGUGCCCGUGACCCUUAUUUGGAAUGUGGUCCCGUAUUUGGAGAUAGCGUGACCCAUAUUUGGAACAUGUGCGUCCCAUAUUUGGGAGAAUCGAAUUGCGCGCCAUAUCUGCAUGCCUUUUACUGACCAAUUAGAACAUCGAAAUUUCCGAGACGUCAUCGAAAACUCGUGACUAAACAGGUUUAUCGGGAGAGGAAAGGUCGGAAUCGAAGGAAACUUGAGAAAGACCGAGAAAGAAAACAGUUAUUAUUGAACUGGAAAAAUUUAGGAACAACGUCAUAAAGAUUUUUUGCUGUGUUUUUGCCCUUGAACUGUCAGUUUCUUGAGCUUUUACAGUUUAUUGCGUGAAGAAACAUCUCGGAAUCGAGCUUCAAUUAUCGGGCUUGUUGGCGGACUUCGGUAACGAUAAGCGCAGUGUGGUCGUUGGAUCCUUUACCCGAGACAAACACAACAGGAGAGGAAUUAACACGUUGAUGUUUAAAAUCGUAGAGAGUUGAAUGGGUCGAAACUAUCGUAAAAAUGAUGUAAGUUUGACGUUUGAGCGUCGGAAGAUUUGCUUCGACUGAGAACUUGGCGUCGAUAACUUACCGGCCGACAAUUGAUCACAUUUCCAAUUUCCUCAUUUCUUUGCAGCCAUCAUCUUUGGGAAAAGCGUUCAUUGCUGGUGCUUUGAGUGGGACAUGUUCUACGUUAUUAUUUCAACCAUUUGAUCUGGUUAAAACUCGCUUGCAAGUGGACAAGACAGCUCUGUCCCCUGCUGGGAGACUGAAAAUAGGGUAGGAGUUUACUGAUUUGUGCACGACAUUUACAUGUACAUCAGUGUUAUUAUUUAGUACUUCGCAGGAAAGCAAACAGCAAAUAAUUUAAGUGUUUAAAUGACCCUAUCUUUAUCUUUUGCAGAAGUAGUAAUGGCAUGCUUUACACUUUCUACUCUGUGGCCCGUAGAGAGCAUGUUGUCGGGCUUUGGAGAGGCCUCGUACCGGUAAGCUGUAUUUUUGUUUGAACUUUUUUAAAUGUAAAAGUUGUAUGACAGUUGAGUUGGGUUUAUCAACUGAGUUAUUAAAGUCAAGUUGCCCCUGUUAAAAGAUUCAAAAGUUUACAUACUUUUCAAGUGCUAGCCUUUUUUAGAGCGAAUCAAAGGGUGAAAUGCCAACCUUCAGGGCCGGGUUGUUCAAAGCUUGGUUAAGAUAACCCAGUGUUAGUCCGAAAUUUGAGUUCAGAUUUGAACGCUUAAAAAGUAAAUUCAGUUUAAUUCUUUCUGUCAACAAGUUGAUGAUCGGAUGCUCUUAGAAAUAACAGAGAAAAUUAUCGGAGAAAGUGCUUUUGAACAAAAGAAAAGAAACCCAGGUUUAAUUUAACCCUGGGUUAAGUGCUAAACGGUCUUCGGAAAACUGGGCCCAGUGGUUACUCCUAGAGAUACCAGGAGAUUCACCCUCCUUCCAUGAGACUCCCAGUUAAUCAGGAAGAUGCCUCUCUUAGUCCUGGGGAAAGCAAAUUCCUUCUUUUUUUCAAAUAAGCUUCCUUCUGCAGGAGUUGUGACUUCUGUCAGUUUUAACAGCACACUCAACUCAUUCACUUUCACCCGGGAGCAGGGGGGGAGGGUUAUCUUAUGUCAAAGAGAUAUGGAUACCCUUCGGUAAAUUAGAAUAAAACCCUAAGUUUGACUAUUCUGGGUGGAGCUCUGGCUUUAUUUGACCAUGAAAGGAAAGCAAUAAUUUUUUAGGUAAAAAUAUUGCCUUUCCCUCCUGAAAGCCCUAAGGGAGGCUGAGAAAUAGCAUUCCUGUCAUUUUCAUGUCACCCCUCCCCCUGGCCACAUUCAUAACAAAGAAGUGUAACUUUCCUAGUUUGCCAGUUAAUGAAAAUCGGUUCUUUCAGUUUCAAACUACCGCAGAUUCCAUUCAAUUUUGUUUCAAUUUAAGAACAUUUCCCUACUGCUGCUUAUUGGAAAGAGGGAACCUAAUCGAGGGGGUGCUUGUUAGAGGAAGUACGGUAUAUUGGAUAGCUUUCAUACUACUAUGAAAACCUGAUUGGUAAUUCAUUGAAACGUGAAACACCAAUUUCAGCAUGACUUUUAUGCUCUAGCAUCACUAUGACCAGUGAUUUUGUUACAAAUAGUCGUGGUGACCAGGGACUCAUCUUGCAAAAAAUCAUGAGUCGUGAGUCCCAAGUCAAAAAACAAUGAGUCAUAAACUGAAUUUUUGGGGGACCUUUAUGUAACCAUGCAGACAAUUAAUCUGAAGACAGACUCUAAAACUCUGUAUUGCAGUUUACUGAAAUAAAAAACUCCUUCUAUUAUCAAGCACAACAAAGACUAAAAGAAAUAUACCUCGUUAAACAACGGCCACAAGAACAGUCACAGAAAUCACACAAACAGUAUGUUCUACAAUUAAAACAUCUUCAGAUCGAUCGAUCGAUCUUUGUGUCCCACAGGAUUCAUGCCAUGAAUUAUUUUGCGUCUUUGGCGCUUUUUAUGUAUCAGGGACACAUGACGUAGAGGUAACAUAAUCACUGUAUGACACUCUCCUUAUGAAAGGUAUAUCCUUUGUACAGGAUUAGCUUUGAGCCAUGUUCUGUCAUGGCUGUUUAUGUUAUAUUGUUUUUAGUUCUGAGUCACCACCAUAAGAUUCAGUUCAAUAAAGUAUAAACAUAGCCUAAGACCUGAGAGUAAGUCAUUGAUUAUUUUCUUACUGGUACUGAAAUAUAUUCAAAUGUUUUGUUUACUGUUGGUUUUGGUUCAGUCACUGUCCAGGUGUGUUCCUGGGAUAGGAAUGUACUUCUGUACACUUCACGGCUUGACACAAAGUUUUGGAAGGUAAUAACAAAUAUGGUUUUCCCAUAACUUAACCCUUCAAACCCCAAGGCUAAUAUGAAAAUUUAAAUUCUUAUUUGUUGUCAUUCCUUAUGCAUUUCAUAGAGGAGUAGUAAGGAGAAGUUGUUAAAGCAUCAAUAUAAUAUUCAUCAUGGCAUGAUUGAUUUAGAGUAGCGUGUAAUAGAAGUAUUUUAGGAUCUACCUGAAUAUUAAUUCCCACGAGUCAUCACAGGUUAUGAUAGUAUUAAUAUUAAGGCUUGUGGGGCCGGGAAAAUGACUGAAACAAAUGAACCAGCUAAAUAUGACAAGGUUACUAAGGAGUGCCAUCUUAUAGGAGACAAACAAGUUGGCUAUGUUACAAGCAGCUUAGGGUUUGAACCUGGGACUACAGGCAACAAAUCCAGCCAGUCGUCAGCGAAAGAUUUGAACUCAUGGCCUCCAGAUUGCAAAACUAGUGCUCUGAUCAGGGGCACCCAACGAGGAUAUAGUUCAAUACCACUUAACAUAGCAUUGUUGAACGUAUUUUAGUAUUUAAACGAUAGAUAUAGGCAUAUUUUUAUCCCCUAAAAACUUUUCAUCUGUUCGGAUUUCCUAGCUGAAAGUCUAGUGAUCCGAAAAUUAUAGAGAUCAAAACUUACCUUUUUGAAAAUUUCAGCCAGGAAAAGGCUCCCGAAAAUUCUAGGUUGCCUUUUUUAGGGUAAAUAUCCGUUUAAAAUGGGUAAUUAUACCAUUUUGUAGAUGUUCGAAAAUCCUAGGAGAGGCAGGCAAGCAAGAAAUUUUACAACAAAUGUUGCGAAAAUUCUAGUUCUCAAAUCGUCUUCCGAACAGAUAUUUUCGCGAAAAUUGCCGUUGGGUGCCCCUGUCUGAUCAUUCAGGCACAAUGCCUCCUAAAAAGGUUCAUGCAGUUACCUAAACUACAUACACUCCACCGUCCUAAACUUAGUAUAGUACUGUUGUACUAUGUGCAUACAUAAGAGGCGUGAUAAUAAUUAACAUUAUGUUUUUGUUGAUUUCAGUGAGGAACCAUCCAUGGGUGAAUCAGUAUUGAUGGGUGCAUGUGCAAGAUCUAUAGUGGGAAUAACACUGUUACCAUUUACAGUGUUAAAAGCUAGAUUUGAGGUAAUUUGUUUGCUUGUUUUACAAAUACUCUCCGAUAGACUAUCCUGGGCGACAUGUACCUUGAAAAUUACCACUUAAAAAUAUUUAUCACAAACUUUUGCCAUUUUAGAAAUGUUAUUGAAAUGUGUGCAUGUUGUUUUUGUCCUAUGUAGAGUGGUUUUUUCAAGUAUAACAGCAUGCUUCAUGCAUUCAAGUCAAUCUUGAAGAGUGAAGGAGGCAAAGGUUUGUUUGCAUUCAGAUAAUGGGUCAGGAUAAUUUAUUUCCUUUUUUUCUAAACAAGAUAAACAAUUAAUUUGUUUAACUCAAACAACAAAGUUAACUCAAAACAAUAAUUUUAUUAUUACUAGUUUUUAUUUUGAUAGAUGAUUAAGGAAUAGUAAUUUUCAAAUGCUAUUUUUUGCGCUUUAACUUUUAGGCACAUGUUUUCACAACUUUUUUUCACUUCUAGUUGUAGCAUGAGUAAAUAAAGAAUAAUUGUACUGUAUUGUAUUGUAUGAUUGUUAUUGUUCUGCUAUAGCUGGAAGGUGAGAAGUUGUACUUGUAUUUUCAUUUGCCACACAGACAAAUGAUUACAAUAAUUGAAUAACAGACAAGAUAAAAAACUUUGAAAGUAAUGGCAAGGAGGCCUAAAGGAAACUAUAAAGUUUACACUGUAUAUAAAACUGUUCUAGUGAGGCUUACAUUGUUUAAUUAGGUCUCCUCAAUAACAAUUUUCCCUAGACGACAUUUAAAUUACGACGAUGGAUACAAUUUUUUAUUUAUUAACAUUACAAUAAUGGAGAUAAACCAUCCCAGUUUAAUUUAAAGCUGUAAAUGUACUUUCAUGUACAUGUACCUCUGCCUCUUUUAUUGUAACUGAGGUAAUUUUUUAGAAUUGUCUUUUUGAAGAAAACUUGACUCUUUACUUUUAGGCCUGUACAGUGGUUUGUUGGCAACCGUCGCUAGAGAUGCACCAUUUUCAGGGCUGUAUUUAAUGUUUUACUCCAAGAUGAAAGGGCUGGCAAAACAUGGUAAAAUUUAAUUAAAAUCUUGUCAGUUAUCACUUAUUAAGGCAUUCUAUGUAUCUUUAAUAAUCUUUUCGUAGUUAUUUCUGUGAUAAUUAUUCUGCAUGAAUGUUAUAGCUUAGUUGCAUUACCUUUUAAUGUAAAGAAAGCAUAUACUAUAUAAUAAUAUUUAUUGUUAUUUGAAGGGGAAGACAGAGUUGAGAAAAACCAGUUGUUAAAGGUUUAACAUGUGAUUAUUAUUUCACAAUAGUCCAAGGGGUUGCUUCAUGACCUCUGUGCAACUGGAUAGCACAUGUUCUGAUAUAAUAAGAAAAUUAACAUCGUGAAACAGUUUCACCAUACUGCUCUCUGGUUUUGAUUAGAAUCAUCUUGCUUUAAAUUGCUUUCUUAUCUUUCAAAUAUUAGAAGCAUGCUGCAUUUGUUUACUAAAAUAAUGACUUUAAUGCAGUUGUUUUAUUGAGUGAUAAUUGAUGUUUCCAUUUACCCCUGCCAACAGAACUUGGAACUCCUGAGUUGAAAUCAUCUGAAACAUUUGUCUGUGGUGCAUUUGCUGGUGUCUUUGCCUCAGUUUUAACCCAGCCAGCAGAUGUGGUGAAGACAAGACUUCAGUUGUAUCCACACAAGUAUAAUGGGAAUGGUGAUGCUGUCUUAUCCAUAUUGAAGGUAUCCUUUGUAGUAUACAACACUAUUUUUAGGAAUAUGUAGUGGUUCACUUUUAUCCUUGGUUUAAAUAUUAUUUUCUGUUGUUGCAAACUUGUCAUUAUACACUGCAUAUUACCAUAGCCAAUGAUAAAACCGAAAAAAAUUAAAUCAAUGAUAAAAAUAGCUCUCUAUAUUUACAGUUAUGUCUUUUGUGCACUUGCGAUUCUAUCGGCUCGCUGUGUCACAUAAGCGUGAAAUGUAACUGAUUUUAUCAAAGAAAAGAAAGUGUGAUUUCUUGCAUGGAAGAAAAAAAUUUUGAUGCCGUUACUCUUCACCUUCAUGUCGUAGAGCAUACCGAUGACUAGGGUCAGAGAGAAAAUGAAGCGUGACUUCUUGCAUCAAGAGAAAAUUUUUUUGAUGCAACAUAUCAUGCUUAUUUUUCUGACACAACAGGUCACACCUCACAUUCAUGUUAUGAAGCAUGCUGAUCAACCCUAUGACCCCUUUUUUUGCAAAAUAUCUUUUGAUGAGAAAAAAGUAAAAAUGAUAAAAUAACAAGCAAUGGAUAGAGCAUUUUAGUAAAAUCCAACUAGUGGUCUGUUAUCAAUGCUGCGUUCUGAUUUGUUGAGCUACUACCAGGCUAUAUGUUAUAACCCACUAGUAGCGAAAAGCGCCGGCUUUGAAAACCAAAACGAUGGCAACUGAAUCACGUUUUGCUAGCUAAAGUUGUUUUGUCUCGACUUUUUUUACCAACUAGUUGGAUAUUACUAAGACAAUUUUUUAUUCCCCUCACUCUCAUGGCCUCUGAGUCAAUAGCCCAUUCGGCCUUCAGCCUCAUGGGCUAUUGCCUCAGAGCCCAUUUGGGCUGGAGGAAUAAUUAUUGUUAAAUAGACUGUACUUUUUUUCAAACUGAAUCAUACAGUAUUUUGUACCUGACCUUCAGAACUAUUGCUUUUCUUACUUAAGAACAUUACAGACAUGACAUUAGUGUAUAUUGUUACAGUUUCUAUGGAAACUGUAAGCUCAAAAAUGAACCAAAACAAAUACAUAGUGCAACACUUACCAAGGGGAUUUGCAAGUCAGGUCCCUGUUUAUAUUUUUGUUGUUGGUGAUACUGUUUUUCAUGUCAUUUUGUCUUCAUAACAUCAUUUCAUUGCAGACACCCUCAUUAAUAUUAUUUUUUAUUCAGGCUGUUCUAUAAUCCUUCCUGGUCCAUUCUGGAUCUGAAAACAUUAACAUUGUUUUGUUGUUGUUUUCAGGCAAAUGGAGUAAAUGGACUUUUCAAGGGUAUUGUUCCUCGUACCCUAAGAAGAACUCUCAUGGCGGCUUUGUCUUGGACUGUUUAUGAACAGGUAUAACAUGCUCUGCUUUAAAUUACAAAAAAUCAAGGUUAUGCUCUAAGAAAAAUUGAAGGGAGUCCACUGCAAUGAAAUUAAGAAAUCCUGGGUGCCCAGCAUUAUUCUUUUAGGAUACAACUCCAAUUUCUUAGUUGCCCAAGAGCGGUAGUAGGGCACAAGGGGCCACCAGGCAUUGCUUGAGCACAACCCUGGGAAUGGAACUAUGUGAAUAUUAUCCUAAGUGAACGUGUGAUACCUGAGUAUCUGACAGUGUACAUAUGUGUUUAAUACUGUUAUUGUCCAUCUUUUCGGCAGCUCUCAAGGGAACUUGGGCUAAAGACUUGAGUUACAUUGCCAGAAUAGCCAGUAGUGCACUGUGUACAAGAGACUGUCUUGCCCAGGAGCAGGGAAGAGACAAACUUGAUGGUCACAUCAAUGUCAUCCGUCCUUGACAAAUGCAAAGACUUCUGCAGACCACAAAUAUCUACGGCUGUGCCCAGUAGUGUUCAAAGACACGGAAGGCCACAGUAAACAAGAUAAUGUUUAUAAUUUAGUGAGAUAUAAUAGUUUUGUCUCCAACAAAUUUCAUGCACCUUGAAAUUCAGCUAACAGACACUGCUCAUAAGCAGGCACUGACUGACUGUUCCCAGUAACGUACAAACACUGCACUUUAAACCUACUUUAGGCAACACCUCUUGUAAGUGGACACUUCACCUGGUUGAAAGGGUGUCCAGGAAUAUUUGAAUGUGUCAAUGCCACUGACAAUGUCAAAUGGGUAACCACUAUUAUAUGAAUUAUACAUGAUACAUUGUAAGGAAACAUUUUUAAAGAAAAAUUAUUUUUAAAGUGACCACCUCUUUUGGACAAGUACAGCUUAUUCUUAAGUUUUGUAAAGCUGUUCAGCAAAAGGUCAUUGUCUAAGAACCUGUAACUCAAGGUUACAAAUACCGUGGAGUCUUUACUCUGAGAUACAGUAAUGAUGACACACGGUGUUACUCUAAGCAAUCCAUAGGAAGGUAAAUACAAAAAAUGACACUAACUUUUAAUCCUUGAGAAUUGUCUAUGUGACACUUACAACAGUCAGAGUAUUUACCUCUGUGCUGAAAAAGAGUGGUGAGGGGAAUAUUUUUAAACACAAUGUAAAUUAAGCAGAGAAUUUAAAUAUGGACCGCGAGCAGCGCGCAUGACGCACACGCGAAAUCGUACCCCCGAGGGAGACGAAAAAAAACCUCGUUUUUGACAUGCUUUAUUGGGAAUUUAUCCGUCUCUUUUCCCUGCUCACGCGAAACGUCCCAAGCGAUGAUGAGCGAGGAGAGACGACUGAAUUCACAGGCUAACGGGAAUAAACCCAGUACACUCAACGUUUUUUAGGAAAAAGAAGCACUGCAAGCAGUCUUAUUCAAAUAUGGUUUCAAUCACUUAUAUGAAAAUGUAAAUAGUAGUAAAUGCGGAA